CGGCUUUCACAAGCAUCGCUUCUGUCACCACUCAAGUACGCAAUAAUCUCGGCUCAGAUACAUUGGAACUGAACUUUUUAAGCAUCGGGACUGAGCUUUUUGAAGCCGCGUCGCGCAGGGGGACCACUUUCGGGUAUGCUGCAUGCUUCGCUACCUGUGGCACCGACAGGACAGUCUCUUGCUGAGGCCAAUCCCAGUCGCGGCCACCACAGAGAGGGCUCAUGGCGAACAGGCUGCACAGACGUCGGCGAAACCUGCGCGCUGACCGGGUGCUGGCCCAGGUGGCGUGUCAGGAACACGUUCGUCGAAGAUGUGAGCGACGACAGCGACGGCGGGACGCCGGGCAGCAGCGCGAGGGCGGAGUCCGAGCCAGGCCGGCGGGGCGACGCCGCGCUGCGAGGGGCCUGCGUGCAGCCCGCGGGCCGCCAGCCGUGCAGAAACGCACCCCCCCUUGGGCCGAGCGCCCAGCCAGGGCCCCAGGGCCCCCAGGGCGCUCCGGCGUGCUGGACGGUGACGGCGGCGCUGGACCUCCUCAGCGCUCGGGCAGAGGAGGUGCGCGGCGGCGGCGGAGGUGGCCCUGGCGGCGGCGGCGGCGCUUCCUCGGAGCAGCGCGCCACCAUCGGGGGCCUCCUGCGGUCGCUGCGGGAGGAGGGGGAGGACCCCGACUGCAUGUUCAUCGCCCGCGGGGCCCGCUCCUUGGGCUUUCAGUCUCACGACCUGCUGCUUCAGCACUUCUCCCGCUUCGGGCGGGUGGCGAGGGUGCUGGUGGCGCACUCCCGGGUGAAGAAGUAUCACGGCAAGGGCCGCAGGCAGGUGGGCGCGAUGCGUCUUCGGCCGGGGAACUUUGCGUUCAUCGUCAUGGCGAGCGCUGAGGGCCUCGAGCGCGUCUUCGGUGAGGGCGCGGAGCAGACGGUGAUGGGCAAGCGCGUCAGUGUCGAGCCGUUCAAGUCCUGCACGUUUGAGUAGUCCAGCGACAGCUCGGCCCCAGCAGUCUCGCAGACCAGCCCUCACGAGGGCCUCGGACCCAGUGCCGUCCAACCGCUCAAGGUUGACGAAGCCGAUCUUGGGAUUCGCCCACCGAGUCUCUAUGUGCUUCACCUCUGAGUCCAUAUCCCGCCACUUCUCCAGCUCCCACCUUUCCAAGGAGGGCUCGGGCGUGCCGAUGCAGAGGAUGAGAGGGAAGGGGGG